AUGUGUUGGCAAGACUUGUUUCCGCCACCGACUCCUACGUUUCUUGAACUCGGGGCUUCGGCGAUGAUCAGCAAGAGCAAGACCCGGGAGGCCCGCAAGCGACGUCCCGCGCUACGAAGGUCUCACCUCCUGGUGGCGAUCCUGAUGUCAGCAAUGACCGUGAGCGUCGUGGAAAGCAACAGUGAGCGGCGAACACUCAUGUUGUCGGCCGUGUUGCGGGCUGAGGGGGGUCUGCCUACGUACGGCGUCGAAUUUGGAAACGCUGUGCCUGUCCUGCUCAUGACCACGCGAUAUCCUACCGGAAAUACUGCAUGA